AUGCUUCUUUUAGGCUCAAAUCUGCAUUUUGCAGCGUGGGUGGCAUUCAUUUUUACACCAGGCUUGGUACUUGGCACACGCUUGUUUGAUCCAGCCCAACGGAGAGAUGCUUUACAAAAUCUGGUGACUUGGGAUAAGCACUCGCUUUCCAUUCGGGGCGAACGCAUCAUGAUAUUCUCGGGAGAGUUUCAUCCAUUCCGGCUACCUGUGCCUGAUCUCUGGCUGGAUGUAUUUCAGAAAAUAAAGAGUAUGGGGUUCACAGGCGUUUCCUUCUACGUGGACUGGGGUCUUGUCGAGGGAAGCCCAGGUCACGUCUCAACAGGUGGCAUAUGGAACCUUGAGAAAUUCUUCGACGCUGCCACCCAGGCAGGCAUAUAUCUCAUUGCCCGGCCAGGACCUUACAUCAAUGCAGAGACUACAGCAGGAGGCAUUCCUGGAUGGGUCCUACGGAAGAAUGCCACCAUCAGAUCAGAUGACCCAGAGUACCUCAAUACAACCACCAACUAUAUGGCCACCAUGGGUCGAAUAAUAGAGAAGGCCCAGAUCACUCAUGGGGGUCCAGUGAUCUUGGUGCAGCCCGAGAACGAGUAUUCCACUUGGCCUGGUGUGACUGAUUUUCCGACAUCGAUGAAUCGACGGUACAUGGACUAUGUAAAGAGACAGCUUCUUGACGCCGGUAUCACUGUUCCACUCAUAGUCAAUGACAAUGAGGCAGAGGGCUAUUGGGCUCCGGGAUCCGGUCUUGGAGCGGUGGAUGUAUAUGGAAUUGACUCCUACCCACUACGCUACGACUGCGCUCAUCCAAGUGUCUGGCCGACUUACAGAUUCCCAUAUGAUUGGCAGGUCGUUCACGAGCGUGAAAGUCCAAGCACCCCCUUUGCAAUUGCAGAGUUCCAGGGAGGCUCUGGAGAAGGCUGGGGAGGAGUAGCUGAAGAGAAAUGCGGGGAGCUUGUAAACGCAGAGGCAGCCCGUGUUGUCUACAAAAACAACUAUAGCUUCGGUGUGAAGCUUUUAAACAUAUAUAUGACGUACGGUGGCACAAACUGGGGCAAUCUUGGUUACCAGGCCGGGUAUACCUCAUACGACUACGGGGCAGCCAUCACAGAAGAACGGGGCAUUUGGCGUGAGAAAUAUAGUGAACAGAAAUUGGAAGCAAACUUUUUGAAGGUCUCACCGGCAUAUCUGACGGCGACACCGAAGUUGGGUGUCAAUGGUUCAUAUGGAGCGCCUGCUUCAAUCGCAGUCACCCCGCUCUUCGGAAAUAGUACUUCAACAAAUUUCUAUGUUAUCAGACAUGCGGAUUUCACUUCAAUGGAAAAUACUCACUAUAGCCUGACAGUGUCCACGAGCGUCGGAAAUGUCAGCAUUCCCCAGUUGGGAGGUAGCUUGUCCCUCAACGGGCGCGAUUCCAAAUUUCACGUCACAGAUUAUGAUCUCGACGGCAUCAACCUGAUUUAUUCAACAGCAGAGAUAUUCACAUGGGCAAAAGGGCCCGGAUCCUCACGAGUCCUGGUCCUGUAUGGCGGUGCUGGCGAAACGCACGAAUUCGCUAUUUCACGCCAUCUUGGUAAUCCGGCCAUAAUCGAGGGUGACGAUGUCUCAUUCCACCUGAAAGGUUCAACAUGGGUAGUACGCUGGCAAGUUGCGCUCAGUCGCUGUGUUUUACGAGUCUCAUACUUGGAGAUAUACCUUGUAUGGCGUAACGAGGCGUACAACUAUUGGGCACUGGAGCUGCCAGCGUCGCACCCGAUUGGGAACUUUUCGUCGCCUUCAAAAGAGCUGGUUAUCGUGAAGGGGGGCUACCUUAUUCGCAGCGCCAAAAUGGUUGACAAGCAACUCUGGCUGUCUGGGGAUGUCAAUAUGACAACAGAAGUUGAAGUCAUCUCUACGCCGGUUGAUCAAUUAGAAGGACUCAUCUUCAAUGGAGAGCAGAUGAAAGCAUCGCGCACCAAGACAGGCAAACUGUCAGCUGUUAUCGAAUACCAGCCAUCCACGCUACACAUCCCUGAGUUGACUAAUCUACAAUGGAAAUACAUAGACUCACUUCCGGAAAUCAAAUCAUCAUACGACGAUUCUGCUUGGAAAUCAUGCGACAAACUCACCACCCACAAUCCUCGGGAUCUGGACACGCCCACGACUCUAUAUGCUAUGGAUUACGGGUUCCACACAGGAUCAUUGCUUUACCGGGGUUACUUUUCCGCAAAUGGACUUGAAUCUUACAUUUGGCUUAACAUUUCGGGAGGAACAGGAUUUGGUCAUUCUGUUUGGCUAGAUAGCACAUUCCUUGGAUCAUGGCCUGGUACAGGCACAAACGCCACAAUCACCCAGAAUCUCACAAUUCCAACAUCCCUGUCCACUGGAACUCAGCACACUAUCACCGUACUGAUCGAUCAUAUGGGCCAAGAUGAGGAAGCCCCCGGUACAGAUGCAAUCAAGUUCCCUCGGGGCAUCCUCGGAUAUCAGUUGUCUCACCAUGAGCAGUCAGAUUUAUCUUGGAAGGUGACUGGUAACCUUGGGGGUGAACAGUAUCAAGAUCUCGCCCGUGGACCACUUAAUGAAGGUGCCAUGUUUGCCGAAAGACAAGGUUAUCACUAUCCUAACCCGCCGGCCUCCGAAUGGGAAGUGUCGAGUCCAUUCAAAAAUGGAUUGUCAAAGGCGGGCGUUGGAUUUUACACAACAUCCUUCGAGCUCGAUAUUCCGCAUGGCUGGGAUGUCCCCUUGAGCAUUGUGUUCAGCAAUUCCACCGCAGAGGAUUCAUCGCAAACAACCUCUCGGCACAACUACCGUUGCCAACUCUACAUAAACGGAUAUCAGUAUGGGAAAUACAUCAACAAUCUCGGGCCCCAGAUGUCAUAUCCAAUACCGGAGGGUAUCCUCAAUCAUAAUGGUAUCAACUAUAUAGCGUUGACCCUAUGGGCCCAGGAUCCUUCUGGCGCGAAAAUAGGUGGUCUGGAUCUGGUACCAAGUGCGCUGAUCCGCUCAGACUAUUUCAAACCACGACCUGCACCUCAACCUACCUGGAAGCUUCGACAAGGCGCGUACUAGCACUCUUUGAAGACAUUCCUACUUGAUCAAUAGCUAGAUUCCAUCAGACAGCAAUCGCAGCGACUAGCGCGUCCAACGCUGAACUGUGCGUUGAAGCAUCUGCAGAACUAAAUGGACCCGCCCAAUUGACACCUAACUGAUUCUGGUCGUUCCGAUCAUUUUCCCAAAUACUGUUUGCACAUGCCUCGAUCACAUUCUUGUAAAUAUCAUUCGGGGAAUCCUGUUGUAGCAUCUGUAGAUUGCGUAUGAAGAUUCCCUUGAAUUGCGUUGCAUCUGGGGCACAGUUUGGCUCGCAAACAUCAUGAAUUACCAUAUUCGCGUCGCAGAGUGUGUUUAUUGCCCCUUGUGCAAUUUUGUUGGCCGAUUCCAAGUAUGUGUCGUUGGGAGCUGCUCUGUUGAGCUCGACCAGUCCACCCAGUAUAACGCCUUGAUUAUA